ACACGUCAUGCAAACAGCAGCGUUAAGGUUCUGAGCAUGCGCAUCUCCAGCUCCUCCUUCAAUAACUGCGACUCGAAGAGAAGCACAGGACGGUGAAGAUGAUGAAGAUGCUGCACGUGUGUGUGGUCCUGGCUCUGAUGGGCCUGGGCUCAGGAGAAGAGGGAGCUCGUCUGCUGGCCUCUAAGUCCCUGCUGAACCGCUAUGCUGUGGAGGGCCGUGACCUAACCCUGCAGUACAACGUCUACAACGUGGGCUCCAGUGCUGCGCUGGAGGUGGAGCUGUCCGAUGAUUCUUUUCCCCCUGAAGACUUUGGAAUCGUUUCAGGAAUGUUGAAUGUCAAAUGGGACAGGAUUGCACCAGCAAGCAACGUCUCUCACACAGUGGUGCUGCGCCCCCUGAAGGCUGGUUACUUUAACUUCACCUCUGCCUCCGUCAGCUACCUGGCCCAGGAGGGAGGACAAGUCGUGGUGGGCUACACCAGCGCCCCCGGCCAGGGAGGAAUCCUGGCUCAGCGGGAGUUCGACCGCCGCUUCUCCCCACACUAUCUGGACUGGGCUGCGUUCGGGGUGAUGACUCUGCCCUCCAUCGGCAUCCCUCUGCUCCUCUGGUACUCCAGCAAGAGGAAGUACGACUCACCGAAGGCCAAGAAGAACUGAGUAGGCACCAUUUAAGGGGGGGGGGGUCUCUGAAUAGCUUAAUAACCCAUAUUGGGGUUGAAAGUCAAAAGAGUGCGGUGACCAAGGAACUUGAUUGUGAUCAAGAGAACUUUGGAUCAGUAGGACAACAGCUAAAGUAAGGUGAACCGUUCCAGUGUGCAUGAACGUGACCUCUCUCUGUUCUCAUCUACAGCUGCUGGCCAUUUCUUCACUUUUGGGUUCAUGGGUUCAUGAGACAGAACAAUUACAAUGGCUAUUACUACUGUAACUGAAUUUUGUAAUUGUGUACAUAUGGAACUGAAUGCUGAUUUGAAGUUUCUAGCCAGUUGUUGAACUUGAAGAUAAAUUAAAGGGUUUUUCUAAAUC